AUGAAGGAGAACUUCUUGCACACGGAUCUUUUGUGCUUUGCCAUUGUGUACAGUUUUGCUGUUACCAUGAGUGUGCCGGAACAGGGCAACUUUGAAGCUGCAUUAUCUCAGCUGACCAGGCGGAGAGCACAGCCACCUGACGGCUCUUUAUUUCCAAAACAAGAAUGCACAGGGCAUGAAUUUGGCCCACUCCGUAGGAGAAAGCGCUGGCCUAUCUUCCCAGCCGCCCCAUGGCUCUAUGCUUUUCCCUUUUGUUGUCAGUGUACUUUAAAGACUCAAGCCCAGGUCCCUGCUAUUACGUGGACCCGCAACUCACUCGCUUUGGCAGGAGCGGAGGCCCAUCCUAUUCCAUGCUGGCGAGAUCAAAGACCCUGGCCACGGACCCCUGGGCCAGGCAGGUACAGUCCAGAGAAAGCCCCACCUGUCACCCAGCGCAGGCCGCCGUCUUUCACCAUGGGAUCUCGUACCAAGUACCGGCGGGUGGAUCCCGUCCCUGCCCCGAACAGCUACACUCUCCCCUCGCUGCUGGGCUCCGGGGUCCCCAGCAAACCGUCCAGCCCUAGUGUCACCAUCUCAGGGCGGAACAAACAUGGUGGCUUUUCUGAGGACUUGUCCCAAACGCCCGGCCCCGGCCAUUACAACAGGACAGAUCCCAACACCUACUUGCACCGGGCACCCGCCUUCUCCAUUCGGGGGCGACGCAGUGCGCCCGGGGCCGCCUUCCGGACACCGGGGCCUGGAACGCACAGCCCCGAAAAGGUGACCGCCCACAGGACAAGAGCCCCAGCCUACUCCCUGGGUGUCCGGCACUCCGAAUUUGUCACUCCUCUCAUUGUGGAUGUUUCCCAGUGGGGCAGCAAUUCCCUGGCGUCAGGUCACCGGCCUUGAUUUACCUUCCCUGCCUUGAUCUACUGGAUCUCCAGUGACUCAGACUGGAAGCUCUUCGCUUUGCCCCCAGCCCAUGCCAAGCAGUCCUGGGAGAGCUUCCAAGCAGCGGCUGCGCCAGCACUUGAGACAUUUAAAACUGGGCCCGUCCAAACCCUGUGGAACUGUAGGGAACCACCCGGCACUGCUCUGCAGCGGGAGAAGUUUUCCUAGGGUUGCCAACCUUCCAGGAUUGGCCUGGAAUCUCCAGGAAUUAAAGAUUAAUCUUGAAUUAACGAUUAUGUCCUCAUGUGAUGAAAUCUCCAGGAAUACAACCAACCAAAUUUGGCAACCCUAAGUUUUUUCCGCCUCUGUGAUGCUUUGAUUCUCUAACAGCCUCCACGAACUGGGUUCUGAUCUUCCCUCUUGGAGACCCAAAGUUUCUUUACUAAACGGGUCAACAAAGAAGAAUUUCAAAGACUGUGUUUGUAUGCAGUGUGGACCUGACGCAGAGCUCUGGGUGGCUCGUAAGCUUGUCUCUCUCACCAACAGAAGAUGGUCCAAUAAAUGAUAUU